CUUCAAUGUCUUAUUCUAUUCGCUUCAAUGGAAAAAGUUUGCCCUCAUUCUCACCAAAUAAGGGACUUAGGCAAGGUUUUCCUCCAUCUCCUUAUUUGUUCAUCCUAAGUUAACAGGUAUUAUCAUCUGCUAUAAAAUCAAAGAUUUAUCAUUUUCCAGGACUGGAAAUUAAGAUCAACCGUCAGACACCUCGAGUUAGUCAUUUAAUGUACCCGGAUGAUAGUCCCUUCUUUAUAAAAUAUAAGGAAUCUUCAAUCAUGGCACUGGCAGGAUUAUUGGAAAAGUACACCACCUUUUCUGGCCAGCGAAUUAAUUUCCACAAAUUCUCCAUUCUCAUCAGCCCGAAAACCACCAGAGAAACGGCGUCCUUCAUCCACACGACUCUGCAAAUUCCUAUGGGCCAGUUUCAUAGCAAGUACUUGCGAAUGAGCUUGGACUUCACUGAAAAGAAAACGGAUAUUUUUGGACAAUUCACUUCCAAAAUCAGUGGUAAGUUUGCCUCAUGGAAAACUAGGUUGCCACCCCUUCUUGGUCGAGUCACUUUGGCGAAAUCCACUCUGUCUUGAAUGAUGGUAUAUCCUAUGGGAGGUUUCCAGCUACCUGCUCAAACCUUACAUAAGGUUGAUUAGCUCAUUAGAGCUUUUAUAUGAAAAGGCGAUUGUCAGAACAAAAGGAUCCACUGGAGAACCUGGAAGAAGAUAACAAGAUCCAUUUUUCAUGGAGGUUCAGGUCUCAAAGCCACAAAACAAUUUAAUCAAGCACUCUUGGCAAGCACUCUUGGCAAAACAUGCGUGGAAAAUAAUGUCGUCCCCAAAUUCCCUGAUAGCAAAACUGUUCCGCGCCAAAUAUUGCAACAAUGGGGUAUUCCCCCCAGUCCACCCUCCUUAUGCUCCAUCCUCGGGAUUUAGAAGCAUUAUGUAGGGAGCCGAGUUAGUGCAACAUCAUACCAAAU